CGCCGCCGAAUUGAAAUCGGCAAAUCGCGUUUUCCUCCAGGUUCUCUAUUUUUUAUGAGUCUCCUUCGGCUUUCCUCUCUCUUCACCCUUUCUUCGACCAGGGAGAGAAAGCGGCGUCGUGAGAAAAGGAGACAAUGAAGAGGGGGGGGGCGGGCUCUACGAGGCGGUCGCAGGACAUGCACUCUGUCCUGUUCAACAAGAAGAGCCUCACCAGUGCGGAUUCAGUUGUUGUGCCAGAGACGCCCACCAACCUCACCUGUACGCGUCCCAGCACUGCCCUGUCUACUUCCAUGACAUCCGUGAUGGAGACCCCAGAGAAUGAGGUGGGAUGUGGGGCACAGGGCCUGUCCCACACCCAGAUGAAAGCCCAGGGUGGCAGGAGCACUGGCAUUGAGGUCCCCCCAGACAGCAGCAGUGACAGGGAUGAGAUUAAUGACUCGAUCGUGCUAGACAUUACCCCUGACCUCAAGCUGGGCAAGCGGAGGAACCUCAUGUCUAUCCUGGAGUCGGAGGAUUCCUUUGCCCGUUCACUCAAAUCCCAGCGGACCAAGAACAGUUCCAUGCUCUCAGGCAUCCAGGCAGCCGGGCAGAAGCAGCCCGAGGAGGAUGACUUGGACCUGUUUGUGGUGUCGCCUGUCAAGAAGAGCAAACGCAGAAAGUCAGCAGCCCACGUGAUCAUGCCCUUUGACCUGAAUGACUCAGAGUCCCUCUCCAGCAAGCUGAGGACCAUUGAGGAGGGCCAGCAAAGGGCCAGACGUUCUGUAGGGGGGCUGGGAGUGGAGGGUCCAGGCAGCAAGAAAAGGCGUCCAGCUGCAAGGGCAGGUAGGGCCGCAGGGAGGAGGAAGAGCCUCAUUGUCCCCCUGAGUGCAGAUUCCUCUGAGGAGGAGGAAGUGAUCUUCAACACUCAGAGGAAGAACUCAGAGCCCAGAGGCAGCUACUCAAAGGUAGGUGGCACUAAUAGGAAUGCCAUCUCUAAAGGCACUGCAAAUAAUGGAAUCAACAACAACAGCCAGAAUGCCCAGAACAGAAGUGGUGAUGCCACCAAGAUAUUUGACAGUGAGGACCUGGACUUGACCCCCAUUAAGACCUCCAGCCAGGAGACCUCCAUCCGGAACAUUAUUGCUGGCCUGGACUCGCAGCGGACUGCCAUGGAUGAGACGUUACCCCAGGCCCUUCCUGUUGGCUGUGGGGUUGCAGGGAUGAGCUUCCAGAACUUCAGCACACGCUCCUUCAGGCUGCUUCAGGCCCAACUCCCAGGGGAGGCCGGGGGGGCAGGAGAGGGGGUGAAGGCUGCAGGAGGCAAGGGUGACACAGGAGGAAGGCACACGGACUGGAUGGAGCCAUCAGAGGCAUCGGAGUCUGCAGCGACAGAGCCAGAUGUGACCAUCAUUCUGCGAGGUGUCAUUGCAUAUGUAGAGGUCCGGAUGGGCAGUGACAAUAGGUCGCAGGUCAUCAAGGAGCAGCUGAAGGUCCUAGGGGCAGAAGUGAGAGACAGGCUGAGCCCGGACACCACACAUGUCAUUUUCAAGGAUGGUUCCAAGGCAACUUUCAACCGGGCCCAGAAACGUGGACUGCACCUCGUAUCCUCGCUGUGGCUUGAGGCAUGCAGGGAAAAGCUGCAACAUGUGCCAGAAUCCCUCUACCCCAGUUGCUCCAUCGACACCUACAAAACGCCAUUCUUCCUGGCCAAGAAGCUCCGGAAGCUCAAGUCAAUGCAGCCAAAGGAGUUCUCUGAGGAGGAGCGCAUUGCCAGCGAGAGGGCCCUGCGGAGGAUAAAGGCAGCUGAGCCAUCUCCCGAGGCUAAGAAGAAUCUCAACUUCUUCACCCCCCAAGCCAUCUUGCCAGCCAUUGAGGAGAACAAGGACUCCCCCUUGUUUGGGAUUAGCCACCUCCUGACCCCAAAGGGACAGAUCAGACGCAACAGCGGCACCACCAGCGACUCCGAGACAGAAGAGGGGGAUGGGGUAAGAGGGUCUCCUGAGAAGUACAUGACCCCAUUGGUCAAACGACUGUACAAUAGAUUCAUCUCUCCAAAAACGGACUCUGCGCAGAGGAAGAGGGUGCCUGUGGGACAAGCGAGCCCCCUGUGCUCAACUGAGCCCAAAAUGAGGCUCAAAUGCUCAUCUGAAGACUCCUCAGACACUGAGGGGGAGGGAAGCAGUGAGGGAGGGCAAGGCAUGCAGCAGGAGGCAGUAUCUAAGACAACAACAGUCACAGCUGUGAGAGGAAUGGCCACUGAGAAAGAUGGGACAAAGAAUAUCUUGGAGGAGGAGAAAGAUGGCAGCAGUGAGAGUCUGGUGGCUGAAGAGGGCAAAGAUUGCAGUGAGAGUCUGGUGGCUGAAGAGGGCAAAGAUUGCAGUGGGAAGAGAAAAAGAGGGCGAGGGAGAGGAGAAGAACCAGGAGAGAGCAGGCAUGGAGAGGGGGAAGACCUCUCAGAGAGUGAGGGGGGUUUGAGAGCUGGCAACUCCUCCAAAGGUAGUGAGAGCCUAGCCCUGGUGCUCUCUGAUUCUAGUCAGGAUAAGUCAAGUGGCUCAGAGAAAACAGUUCAGGGGAGGAGGAGGAGCAGCAGGUGCCAAAGGUAUGGGGAUAGCACAGAGGAUUCAGGAAGUGUUAAGAGCUUCUCUGCAAUAAAGAAAUCCCUGUCACCGGGCAAAGGGGCAAUAGCCCAUGUAAACAACUUUGUUUCAGGAAAUGUGAAGGGUUCUGUGUUGGAGGGUCCAGCACAUGGAGAGGCGAACACAGAACAAGAGGGUAGCAAAAGGCCAGGGGGAAAGAAAAGCAGAAGACAGAGCAUCUUGAAGAAGGGAGAAAGUGUGGGCAAACAGGGAGCCAAGGAGAAGCGCAAGUCUGUCUCCUAUGGUGGGGCAGAUAUCUUGGAAGUGAAGGAGGCCACUGAUCUACUGCACAUCCCUAUGAGGGAGAAGGCCGUAUAUGAGGGACCUGCCUCUGCACUGAGCUCCCCAUCCUUUGGGAUGACCUCCUCCCAGCUCCCCACUUCACAGCUGCGUGGCCACAGGCUCUUCAACAUGGACCCUGUGGCACCUUCGCAGGACCUCAUUGUCCCAUCAACACCAGAGGAUCCCAAGAAGUUCCUGCGCAGACCCUACACAGACCUGGUGAUCCGGGGCAGCAGGACACAGCGCACAGCCCUAAAGAGCCAGAAGGGAGGCAGCCUGAGCAGUAUGCCACUCCCCAGGAAUCCAUGUGGCCGGCGGGCUUCAGGAUCCUCUCAAGUUAAGCAGGGCACCCGGGGAGCCACCACAGCACCUGUGCGCAGGUCGCUACGGCUGAGUGCAGCCCCUUUCAAAACGGAGACGCAUGGUGAUGAGGUCUUCAUGGACUCAGAGGAGGAAUUCCUGGGCCAGUCCCGGAUACCACUCCUGCCGCGGCCUCGCAGGUCCACAGAGGAGUUCCAGCACACAGGCAGGCUCAAGCCCAAGGGCAAGCGGGGCCGGCAGCCCAAGGGAGACAGUCUGCCCUCCCUCUACGUGAGCAGCGUCCAUUCCAAAGAGAAGACCAGCCUCUUACCUAUCAUUGCACAGCUGGGUGGGUUCCGUGUCACUUCAGUGAUUGAUGGAUCGACAACACAUGUUGUGUGCGGAGCAGCACGGCGCACACUGAGUCUGCUGCAGGGUAUUGCAAGGGGUGCGUGGGUCCUGGAUGCAUCGUGGGUAUAUGAGUCACUUGAGCUGGGUCGUUGGGCACCGGAGGAACCUUUUGAGCUCUUCAUGGCUUUUCCAGGAGCCAAGAUCUCACGACUGCAAAGGGAGGAGCGAGGCAUGAAGGGGAAUUACACCCAAACCCUCUUCUCUGGUGUGGGUUCCAUCUAUGUUGCGGAGGGAUGCACUCCUCCCUCAGACCAACUUAGGAACCUCCUUGAGCUGACAGGGGCCAGACUGGUUUCCCAUUCCCGCUCCGCCAACCUGGCCAUCGGACCGCCUCCUUCCUCGGCUUCAGCCCCAACAGAUUCAUCAGUCCCCCGCACCCUGAAAGUCACUCACCUGUCAGAGAAAUGGGCCCUUGACUCAAUCCAGCACCACAAGAUACAGGACUUUGCUGAGUAUGUGCUGGCCGAGGCAGAGGGAGGUAGUGCGGGGAGUUCAGCUUCAUUGGGCUCCAUCUCUUCAGAGGACGCGGAGGGAAGGGAAGCAGCAGAGAAGUAGGAAAGAACGCUACUCAAGCUACAGGAGGACAUUUUUAUUUAUGUGUUUUUGAUGUUAUUAUUUUUUUAUGCUUAUUGUUACUAUUGUUAGUAGUCAUAGGAGUGUUUUUCUUUUCUUCUUUCCUACUGUGUUUUGUUGUUUGUUCUAUUCUUGGCCAUUUCAUUCUUCCUUCCAGUCAUGCUUUUAGUUUUCAAGAUUUAGAUUAAAUGUUUUUAAAAUUCUAGCUCUUAUCUGCUUGUUAUAUCCUAGUAUAGAAUGAACACUGCUCAAUCUUUAACCUUUCAAGUACAUUGACACCUAUUUAACAUAAAAGCAGUAAACUGGAAUUUACCCCAGGUAUCGAGGGCAAUCUCCCGCUGUAACCCACUGGCACGGGUACAUGUACUGCUCACUGUAUUUUUCUUUUGUAAAUUUUGUGAGUUCUGUGCCUUGCCUUAGGAAAAAGUUAGCCCUGAUAUCAGAACCCUUUACCCAUGCCAGGAAUGUGUAUGUGCAUGUGUUGCCCCCUGUGCUUUUGUUAUAUUCAUAUUGUCUACACAUAGAUGGCUCCAGCAGUGCUUAGCACCAGACUAACCUGAUGGCACCUGUUUACCCAGUCCUUGAAUUUUUGUGAGUUUUUUUUUAGUUUAGUAUAGUUUAUUACUAUUGUUGCUAUUAAUAAUGCCCAUAUUAAUGACAAUGAGAAUGACAAGAACAUUGAUUACAAUAAUAACAAUUAUGAGAUUUUUUCCCCUGAAAAUUUAGGGAAUGAGGUAACAGGUGAGGUUGGGUAGGCCCAGUGACUGACUCCUUGUUGCUUAAGUGCUUGCAAAGCCAUCUGUGCCUAAACAGAAUUAGUAACUUCAAAUUGCAGUGGGCUGUGCAUGUGCUCGUCAUGAGUUAACUGUCAGUAUAUACCAAAUUACAGUAUUAUGUAUCAGUUUACUGUAAAAAGAAAAUGAAAAGAAAAAUUUAGGAAAGUUUAGUAUUGGAGUGCUAUUUUAUUUAACUCUUGUGAACUGUGUCUCUUUUGGAGUGUUUACAUAUUUUC